GCCCGCAGAGCGGGGUCAGGUGCUCACCCUGCUCUCUCUGCCCGGCGCUCCAGCUGGGGAGCAGAGUUGGGGCUCGCCUUGCUCCAGUUGGGGAGCAGGGUCGGGGCAAGACCCGUUCCCCAGCUGGAGCGCCGUGCAGGGGGUUGGAGCAGAUGAGGGGGCAUGGAGGGGGCUCCCCAAAUGGCUGGGGCUCCUAGGCACGCCCCACUGGGAGUAGGGCAAGUGAGCAGACGGCCCAGUGGCAGCAGAGGAAUAUUCAAAAAAGGGACAACGCAUUGUCUUCAAAACCCAUCCCACAAGAGGGAGCAGAAUCUCUCUGAGAAGGCCCCCAGUGUCUCAUGAACGAACCAACGGAUCUCGAUAACACUGUUAUUCCAGAGCCAGUCCUACGGCUCAGGAAAGGACACAUGCCCGACAGUGCAGGACAGUCAAACUAUGAUGAUGACCACUCUGAUGAGGAGCCAGCUUUAUCCUUGGACCUGCAAAAGAGUUCUGAGGAAUGCGACUGUAAUGAUGAACCAGCUCAGGAAGAUGAAGGGUUUAUGGGUAUGUCCCCUCUUUUACAAGCCCACCAUGCCAUGGAGAAAAUGGAAGAGUUUGUGUGUAAGGUGUGGGAGGGCCGAUGGCGGGUCAUACCCCAUGAUGUUCUCCCUGACUGGCUAAAGGAUAAUGACUAUCUGUUGCAUGGACACAGACCACCUAUGCCCUCCUUCCGCGCUUGCUUCAAGAGCAUCUUCAGAAUACACACAGAGACUGGCAACAUCUGGACACAUCUUCUUGGUUGUGUGUUCUUCCUAUGUCUGGGAAUCUUCUACAUGUUCCGGCCAAACAUGUCAUUUGUAGCACCUGUGCAGGAGAAGGUAGUUGUUGGAAUGUUCUUCUUGGGAGCCAUCCUUUGCCUCUCCUUCUCCUGGCUCUUUCACACGGUUUAUUGCCAUUCAGAAGGUGUCUCUCGGCUCUUCUCCAAGCUAGAUUACUCUGGCAUCGCACUUCUCAUCAUGGGCAGCUUUGUUCCAUGGCUGUACUACUCCUUCUAUUGCAACCCUCAGCCCUGCUUCAUCUACUUGAUCGUGAUUUGUGUCCUGGGCAUUGCAGCCAUAAUAGUCUCCCAGUGGGACAUGUUUGCAACCCCUGAGUACCGAGGGGUAAGAGCAGGAGUAUUUCUGGGUCUCGGCCUCAGUGGUGUCAUCCCCACCCUGCACUUUGUCAUCUCUGAGGGCCUUCUCAAGGCAGCCACAAUGGGGCAGAUAGGCUGGCUGGCACUCAUGGCCUGUCUGUACAUCACUGGUGCUGCGCUGUAUGCUGCCCGUAUACCAGAGAGAUUCUUCCCGGGCAAGUGUGAUAUCUGGUUCCACUCCCAUCAGCUGUUUCACAUCUUCGUAGUGGCCGGAGCUUUUGUGCACUUCCAUGGUGUUUCAAACCUUCAGGAGUUCCGUUUCACAGUUGGGGGAGGCUGCACGGAGGAGGGAGACAUGCAGUAAAACCUGCCUUCAGCCCAGGAUCAUAACCAAAACAGUGGACUGCAAAGAGGCGUUGAUGUUAACUGGCUAGUGACGCGAACACCUGAGAAUCCAAGCCUCAUGUAAUGGGAUAUGGAAGCUUCUUGGGAUUUCUGACACGAGAAAUUUAUACCUCAAACAAUGGAGUGAAUCAAUUUGAAGACCAGGAAAUUCUUAAACCCUAACUUAUUCUUGAUCUACAGAUUGAGCUACAGAGGACCGUUUCCAAAUCGGCUUCUGUUCAAUGCCAUAUUUAUUUGUAGAAAAUGGGAGGGAUGGCUUAGCAGUUUUCUUUUUUAAAUCUAGGCUAAGAUUUAUAUCUUCUUUAGGGGCAGGGGAAGGAGCUGAUUUUAGAUGCUCUUUUGGGGAAAAAAUUGUAAAUAAGAUUUCUAACUUUCUGUUAAAAUAAAUUUAUAUAAAUGUUUUAAACAAAUAGGGUGGGGGGGAGAGGGUUUUGUAUAGAAUGCAACAUGCAAGUACCACACACUGUUUCAAUUUUGCACAAAAAAGUGACUGCAGGAGGAUCAGGUAAAAUCCUUGGGAGUGAGGCAUGAUGGUCCUGCAGACUCUUCCUGGAAGCUGGCAUGUACUGGGCAAUAUGGCAUUCUGGUCAGUGUUUGGAGCAGGCUCAGAACAUGACACACAAAGGUUGGCAAUGGCCAGAUGCCUACUUUUUAAUCAGGCUGUCUUUCAGGUCUCAGUGUUAUAAGUUUAGCUAUUCAAGGUAACUAGAAUGAUACAUCUGACCCUGCCCAUCCACUUGGGGCAAUUGCCUUCUGAGCUUUCUUGGCCCUUUUGGGGGGGUUUUGGAUUGUGGAAUUAAAAUGAAGUUGAAUGGUUUGUUGCCACAUGAAGUGGAGUGUAACGGGGUGUGUAUGUGAGAUGUAGCUCAUGAAUUGAUUCCAUGGGUAUCUUUCUGCAAACAAAAGCCACUGUUUUCUAGCUUUUUGGUUGCCAUUCAUGGAUCUGCCAUGCUUUGAUAUGAUUACAUGAUGCUAAUGGCACUUGUCAAAGAAUAGAAUCGCUACCCAGGUGGGUAAGCAUAGGCUGGCACUGGAAGGAAGAAGCUGUGCACUCAAAGGAAGAAUACUGUUCGGCUACAUGCGCACACACACUGGAUUUUUUUAUUGGAUUUCUUCCUUAUCUACAGAAGUCCUAGUGUUAAUUUGACUAAAUUCCCUGUGCUGCAAUAGACUCCCUUUCCUACUGUUGUUCUGCUCCUGCUGGGAGAGCAGCUGGCUUCCCCUGGUAUCAUGGGCAGUGCUGUGCUGUGAAGCAGGAAGUACUCGGAUUUAAUGAUUUCUCUUGACCUAACGCUGAUCACCUUCAUGUGUGUACAGAGCCCCCUGGCCUACAGAAUCUUGUGACUUUUAAAUCUGCACUAAACCCUGCACAGUUCACUUUUCAGGUCUAGUCAGUGUGAUUUCCCAGCUCUGCUUAACCAAUGGGAUAGCUGGCUUCUUUUUUAAUCCGGAAGUAAAAUUGAGACCAUUUGUACUAUUGUGGAGCCUCUGCAUAGGGGGAAGCAUAUAUUCUUCUCUCAUUGAGUUGAUGUGGCUUGAUCUCUGGAGCCUAGUCAGAAGCCAGAGAGAUAAGCAGAUUAUUGGAGAAUCUUGAGAGUCUUGGGGCAAAACUGAUUGUCAGGUACACAGAGUAUGACACACAAGUUUCAUGUAAUGGAGUAAGAAUCUAGUUGUUGGAAACCUCUCACCUGGGAUUAAACAGCUACUAAAAUGCUGUGGUUCACAAAGCAAUAGGAAGGUAAAAUUGUUCUAAAUUUUUAAAGGGUGAAAGUUCAAAUUUGCAAGUGAAAAAUGUGGAUUGUAGAGAUCUUACAAGUAAACAUUCUUGGGAAUCCAGGCUAUUAAUCAAGGUUUCAAGCAGUUAUCUUGUCUAAUAGGGUUGAAUAGAAGUGGAAGACUUUGAUUAUAUUCAAGAUUCCUCACUGUUGACUCUAAAAAGGAAGUAUUUUCUCUUUUGCCCUUUGGUUAGAGUUAUUUUCAGAAAUUUUGAAAUAAAGCUUAGCUGUAAAAAGAGGUGCUUUGUUGGAGCUUGUGGGAGGCUUACAGGGAUGUUUUUCUUGGUGGGAUCACUAUAGUGGAUGUCAGUAGGACUGAAGGAAAGGCUUGUAUUGUAUUGUGGGUUUGUGCAGUGCCUAACUGGAAUACAUAGCAGUAUUAACCAGGCACUUUUAAUGAGAGGGUUUAAUAAGCAUUGGCAGGAGGUGUGCUCUGCUACUUGAGAAAGCAGUGGUACAUAUCAGAACCAGACUUGUUCUGGAAAGCACUUUGGAUACCUCUGUAUCAAUACCAGCAAAAGUGGCAGUCUCCAUCCUGAAUCACCCUAUGCUCAUUCCCUGAAGGGACUUUGUAACCUGGCCCGGCCCAACACAGCACAGAACUAUUACAAAAACACAAUACUCCACCUGCUAUUGUUAACCGAGUCGAUCUCUGUUUAGGAAGUUUUUGUGCUCCAAUAAACUGCCUAGUUGUGCACUUUCUCUCCCCCUGUAGCGCUUGCUGAGAACUCUUCCCAGGUUGGCACCUGAAUGCCUUACUCUCAGCGGUCAGAGGCUUGCUUGCUCUGUGUGCAGAUUAUUGCCAUAGAAUACAUAGGACCUACAGCUCCUUUCCUUCCCCAUUAAAUAGUGGCCUUGUUCAGUAUUUUCUUUCUUUUUUAAAUUGCUUACUGUUGGAAGCAACAAAGCACAUUUGGGGAUUUUUUGAUGGUUGGGGUCUCUGGUGAUUGGUUCCAUAUAAGAUGGGAUCUCAUGACUUGCUGUGUUCUUAAAUUCUGCUAAUAAAAGAACCAAAUGGGAUAUUGA